CUAUGGGAAAGGUAUAAGCUCACAGCCAAGUACCCUGGAAAUUCACUUCACUCUGAGACAUAAAAGGCACAACUGGUUAAUGCACCUUUGAAGACUCGAUGGCAUUGCUGUGGGAUUUCUUAUGGCAGGUAUCCAUGAUCCUAGCCAUUGGUCCAUGCCUGCUGCUAUGCUGGGCAAUCUAUUAUCACUUCUCCACAACAGAAAUUCCUCUGGGGAUUUGUCAACCUCUGAAGAUAAGAAUGUUGCACAUCUCAGGGUCCAUGUGCUUUGCUCUGGGUUAUAUUUGCUGGAAAAUAGGUCUUUGUGGGGAGUUUACCAUUUUGAGGAUUGCUAUGGAUGGAAUCCCUCCAAUACCUGACCCAAGUCUAUCUAUCAAGGAUAUAUACUUUGAAGAUGUACGAAUGAGGGUCUACAAACGCAAAGGCCCAUCUCCUGAAAAGCGGAAAGGAAUGGUGUUUUUUCAUGGAGGAACUGGAACAACUGGAAGCAUUGAUGCUUAUGAAAGAGUGUGCCGGUACAUAGCCCAGAAGAGUGAUGCGGUGGUUGUAUCUGUUGGGUAUCACUUGGCUCCAGAAUAUCAAUAUCCCACACAGUUCAGAGAAUGUCUGAAUGCUACAGUGUUCUUUAUGAAGACUGCAGAGAACUAUGGAGUUGACCCUGCUCAGAUUAUAAUUAGUGGAGAAACCGUUGGAGCCUUGCUUGCUUCUUAUGUGGUUCAGGAGCUGGUAGAGAGACCAGACAUCGCCAAACCACGCGCUCAGAUCUUGAUCAGCCCUAUUGUACAGGCUUUGGAUUUAAAUUUGCCUUCUUAUCAACAAAACCAUUUUGUCCCCAUUGUGUCCCGUAGUGUUUUUUUAUCAUUUGUUUCAUCGUACCUGACCAAGAACAAGUCAGUGGUGGACUACACACAGAUGGAAUCAUUUGUCUCCAAAGAUGUGAUGGUGAAGUACCAGAAAUGGCUAGAUUCAGAUCGUAUCCCUCAGGAAUUGCAAGCGAAAAGACCCUUUCAUGAAGUUUCAUCAUUUACUUCCCCUUUUGAUAAUUUUGAGUUCACCAUGAAGGCUAUAUUCAAACCACCAAUUAGUCCACUUCUAGCUGAAGACGAUGUCUUUCCCCACCUCCCUGAUACUUUCAUUUUAACGUGUGAAUUUGAUGUUCUGAGAGACGAUGGACUCUUGUAUAAGAAGCGGUUAGAAGACAGCGGUGUCCGUGUGUCCUGGUGCCAUCUCAAAGAUGGAUUUCACGGGGUGUUCUACCUUUUCAAUCAUUGGUUUGUAACUUUUCCAUGCUGUAGAAUAGGAGUAGACAACAUAUUGGAUUACAUCAAAAGUUUAUAAAUGUGAAAUAUCCAGAAGUUCUGUAUGAUAAUGGGUACUGUUAUCUUUUCAAGUAAUUUAGAAGCAUUAAUUUUUUUCUUGUUGCAAGAAGAGUAAAAAAAAAAAAACACCACCUAAAACACAGAGUACUAAUAUCAUUUAUUUAAAGCAGAGUAGUUGAAGAAUUCUUUCAAUCUUAGGCGUCUGAAAUAGGCCUCCAGGUCUCCACAAAGUUGUAUGGUUUGUGUGGGUCUGGCUGGGCAAAAAGAUAGACCACGUGAGAGGACAGAUUCCUCUGCCGGGGUCAGUUUCUAACUUCUCUGCAUUUAUUUAAAGCGUUUCUGUGCCACCAGUCCUCCCAAAGAGCGCCUCCAAGGCUGCAAAUAUCAACACACCUUUCAACAUCAUAAAGUAUAGAUUAAAUAAUUUGAUAAAAACAGCUGAACACAGCACAAGUGAUGAUCUGACCCCUUCCUAUUAGAGUCAUCCACCAUAUAGCUUCCAACGGGUAGAUUGGUUGCCUCCGAUUAGCAAACUGAUUGCUGCUGUUUUGUAUAUCAAUUUUCAUAGUGUACCAUCAUGCUGU